CCCAGUUUUUUAACAGAGGAGGUACCUAUUUUCCUCCCCUUAGAAAGGGCUUGCCUCAUCCCUUCCAGUCUUAGAGAUGAAGAGAGAACCUGAGGAUAUCCCCAACUGCUUCAGAGGUAUCAGUUGAAAUCACUGGUGCAUAGCGUAAUGUCCAUGCUGUGCUACACUCUGAUUAUUGCAUUUCUGAUUGGCAUAUGGGCAGCACCAAAAUCUGAAGAUAAUGUCCCUCUGGGCUCCCCUGCAACAUCUGACCUUUCUGACACCAGCUGUGCUCAAACUCACGAGGGUCUGAAAACAUCUCGAAAUACAGAUCAGCACCAUCCUGCUCUUAAGAAGGCAGAGGAUCAAGAACUUGGAUCAGCAGCCAACAUCAUUGUGGAUCCCAAGCUUUUUCAGAAGAGGCGUUUCCAGUCACCUCGUGUUCUGUUCAGCACUCAGCCCCCACCGUUGUCAAGAGAUGAGCAAAGUGUGGAGUUCCUCGACAAUGAAGACGCUCUUAACAGGAAUAUCCGGACCAAACGUGAAACUCAUCCUGUGCAUAACCGAGGGGAAUAUUCUGUGUGUGACAGUAUCAGUGUCUGGGUUGCCAACAAAACCAAAGCAACGGACAUCAAAGGCAAACCGGUGACUGUGAUGGUGGAUGUAAAUCUUAAUAACCAUGUCUACAAGCAGUACUUUUUUGAAACCAAGUGCAGAAAUCCAAAUCCAGUACCGAGUGGGUGCAGGGGCAUUGAUUCCAGGCAUUGGAAUUCUUAUUGCACCACAACACACACAUUUGUCAAGGCAUUAACCAUGGAAGGCAAUCGGGCAUCCUGGCGCUUCAUUCGGAUUGACACUGCCUGUGUGUGCGUAAUCAGUAGAAAAACUGAAAACUUCUGAUGGACCAUUGAUUGCUCCAAUACUCACUUUCUCCCCACCCCCUACCUCAGCCUGUAAAUUAUUUUAAAUUAUGAGGGCUCUAUUAUAUAUUUAUAGUUUAUACAAUGAAAUAACUGAAUCAUCAUAAUUUAUUAAAUCCUUUUGAAAGCUG